AUGCUUAAAUCCGUCACUAAGAAGCUGAAGCCCUUUAUCGAAGCCAAACUUAACGAGGAGUACGUCUCGAUAGCGAACGAUGCAAAUUUGUACUGUCUUGAUUACAUCGAGGAACGAUUGAAACGCUCAAAUAUCGAGUCUGAUCUUGAAUUUAUCCGUCCUCAAGCCGUGUCCGAAAAAAUCACUUCCAUCUCCGCAAAAAUAAUCGAAGUUGGCGAGCUACUAGAGACUUGCUACCCCCAUCUGUACAACAACGUCUCUAAACAGCUCAAGGUGAAGCUCCGAAGCGAGGUGAUCGUUGGUGAUAUCUUCCGCAACUUUGGCCGCGAACUUUUUCGAGAGGGAGUCACAUGGGGAAGAAUCAUCGCCUUGUUUGCAUUCGCUGCGGCUGUAAGUGCAGACUGUAUACACCAAGGACGACCCGAGCUGGUUAAAACAGUGUUGAACUGUGUGCGGCUAUAUGUACUGGAUCAUUUGGCAGUUUGGAUUAGAAGUCAGGGUGGCUGGGUAAGCUCUCAGUAUAUAUUUGUGCAAAAGUUUGUGUAAAUCUGAAAUCCUAAACAUCGAGUAUAGCCCUUUUCAAGGAAACUAUAUUUAAGUUCUUCCCUAUUGCGUGAACUAAAAAACAGGAGCAAAACGAUAUUUUUCGAAAAAACCUUAAGGAAAAAAAUACAAAUAAAGGGGUUAUCUUUUCUAUAGCAACAAUGACUAAAGAGUUUUCUGCUAUCAAAGCCCGCGUGGACACGAUUCAAAGUUUACGAGUAAACAUUCGUUAUUUUUCGCUCGAUAUACUAUCAAUGAAAAAAUAACACACAGCGAGCAAAAAAUCCAAAAUUUUUUUCACUGUUUCAAUAUUUAUGACUAAAUUACUUGAUUUCUGCCCUUCCGAGCAUUAAGGUAAUAUCAGUAGUUUUUUAAUUUUUGAACACAACUCUGGACGAAGUUCAUUUUUAGAGAGAAAUAAAACCUGAAUUCUUAACCGAAAUGCAAACUAUAAUCAGCCUUUCUUCUUUAUAGCAGCCAGUAGAGUAAUGAGAGAAUAGAAACAAAGUGACAACGAAAACAAAAGAACUAUUGAAACAUUUGCAUAUAUCAUUAAUCCUGCUUUGCUGACUAAAAGGAAAAUGAUGAUGAGUAUGCUCUCUUAUUUCAACAUCAAAUAUAAACACCGGACACAAUCGAAAGAAAAGAAAGAAAACUUAACGUAUUCAAACGAGCAGAACUCGUUUUACUUCUAGCAAAUUUUAACAAUGUUAUUUCCGAAGAUCGUCGAAACCCCACACGGGCAGUUAUGAUAAUUUCCCUUGACUUUCAGGAUAUUGUGAAAGGCCCUUUUUUUUCAUGUAAGGCUGGGUUUCGCUAGCGACGAGUCGAAAUCAGACUUCAUAGGCUUGACGGGAUCGGAAUCGGAGUACCACGGAUCAGAACGUUUUUAAUGCUUUACUUCUCCGCUUAUGACAAUGUUUUAUAAAUCAAUAAAUAAAGUGACGUUCGAAGUUUCAGAAUUAUCAUUCUCACUGAUUGACUCCAUGCGGUUGUAAAUAUAUUGUCAUGCAGUGAGCUAGGAAGUAAAGAAAUGUACCAAAAACUAUCAAUGAUGCAUGCAAGUUAUUGAUGUCACUCAGAACGAGAGUCUUUGUUACCGUUCAUGUGACAAGGGUGUACAACAAUUUCGAACUUGUUUCCAAUCUGUUUAGUCACAAAAAUAGAGGCUAAGCAAAACGGGAAGCGAGACGUGACAUGACGAAACCAAAUCUCGUAUCCAGAGUCCUCAGGCUCUUUGGACAGUGGGAAUUCGCCAGGGGUAGUCGUGAAAUUGGACAAAACCGAGAACGCUGCUUGAUUUGCGAAUACAUACAACAUCAAUGAUAGAAAUGUGAUGGGGAAUUUUAAGUCUGGUGAAAACAUGAGAAAGAAGUUUAUUCAGUCAGCGACACGGACAGCUCAGAAGGACAAAUCUUCUUCCGAGCCGCCUGUGUCACUGGUCGCUGCAGAUUGAAUAAACAUCUUUCUGAUAUACAACCGAAGGAAAGUCUGUGUUAUCAAAAUGCAAUUUUCCACUUAUUACUAAGCUCUUAAGGAAAUAAAAAAUACUUAACUUCUGUUCUUUUUCUUUAACAGAUUGAUUUGACGGAAAAGUUUAAGUGCAUAGAGAAGCGAUAUACAAUGACAUUCUUUAUUCGGUCGUUUAGCCAAAGUUCGUCUUGGUUAGUUAACACAAUGAAGGAUAAACUAUUAUCAGUACUUGAUAAAAUAGGUGAAUAUAUUGGUCUUAUAAACAGUGGCUAG